UGUCCUUUUUCAGCCAUGGGUGGAGGAGAGUCAAAACCUGCUCCUGCUCCGGCUCCUGCUUCUGCUCCUCCUCCUGCUCGUGCUCCGGUUCCUCCUCCUAAAACUUUGAUUAAAGAGUGGAGGAAAAUACGAUGGAGCCAAAAAGAGGAGGACCUGCAGUUUGUGAAGGAUUAUCAGCCUCAUAACAAAGACGUCAAACAGCUCAGAGUUCUGCUUCAUGGAUCUACUGGUGCUGGAAAGUCCAGCUUCAUCAACUCUGUCGACACUGUUUUACGAGGAAGAAUCACUGGUCGAGCUUUGACAGAUACAAACUCCUCAAAAACGUUCGCCAUGAAACGCCGAACCUUUAAAAUUAACAAAGGAGGACCAGGGACAUUUUACCCUUUUGUCUUCACUGACAUCAUGGGCAUCGAGGGGUUAGAAAAACAAGGAAUUUGUGUGGAAGACAUCAAACUGGACAUGAAGGGACACAUAAAAGACGGUUACAAUUUCAAUCCGUGCUCUGAAAUAUCAGAGGAUGAUCCAAACUACAACAAGAGCCCCACCCUGGAGGACAAAGUUCAUGUUCUGGUUUGUGUCAUCGAUGCCAGCACAGCAAGUCUACUAAGUAAUGAAUCUAAGAAAAAGAUGAGGGAGGUCAGACUUGCAGCUAGAGACUUGGGGAUUCCUGAGCUGGCUGUUCUCACUAAAAUUGAUGAAGCUUGUCCAGCGGUCAGCUCCGAUGUAAAGAACGUGUGUAAGAGCAAGUACAUAAAGGAAAUGUUGGACAAAAUCAGUGUGGACCUGGGCCUUCAACCAAACUGCAUCUUUCCUGUGAAGAACUACGUCACAGAGAUGGAAACAAAUGAUGGGGUCGAUACACUGAUCCUGAGCGCAAUGAAACGGAUCAUUGACUUUGGAGAAGACUUUGUCAACGAGCUGCAGACCUAAAAUACUGCGGAGGCAAAUCUUGCUCCAUCUCAGCUUUAAAAAAAGGUCUUAUAUAAUUAUAUUAAAACAGACUUGUGUUUUUUUGUUUUUCAGUUGUGAUGUUUCUCUGCUCUAAAUGGUCUUGCCUCUACUAAUGGUUGAAUAAAGUAUGUUUGCCUGUAUCACCCUCACUACGCAUUAGAGUUUUGCAUCAUUAUUUUGAUACUUAUGCUUUGUUGAUUUAGGUGCUAAUGUCUCAUGUUCCAGUUCCCCAGUAAUCAUCGAUCUGGUAAAUAUAAGAUCAAAACAAAUAAUUAAGUCUAGAAGGGGCUAAAUUUGAUUGUGAAACUUUAGACUACUGGAUAUCCAUUGUUUUAUUUAAACGUUUGACCUUAGAUUGACUCAUUCGUGCUAGUACUGCUGUUUAGGUAAACCCACAAUGAGUAACAUGAAUAAUGACA